GCUUUUGCUGGGUGCAGACUUCUUGGAACAUUUCUAUUUUAUUACAGUAAUCUAUUUUGUGGUGAACAUCAUGGCUGAUAACAUUCUGGACCUGCUCUUCAGAACUCUGGAAGAGUUGAAGGAGGCAGAGCUGAAGCGGUUCAAGAUGUACCUGUCUAACAGGACCAUGGAGGAGUUUGAGCCCAUCCCCAGAGGAAGGCUGGAGAAAAGUGAUGUUACAGAUGUUGUCUCUGAGAUGAUGGAGGCCUAUGGGGAGGAAGGCUCAGUGACAAUUACCCUGACCACCCUGAGGAAGAUGAACCUCAACAAUCUUGCAAAUGAACUAGAAGAAAGGGAUGCUGCCGAGUCAGGAGAGAUAGAUGAUGCAAUUGUACAGGAAAUCAAAGCAAGCCACAAGAAGUGGAUGAUGGAGAAGUUUGGUGUUAUUGAUGAGUGUAUUGAAGAUGGGAAGAACAAAGCACUCCUGAGUAAGAUCUACACAGAGCUCUAUAUCACAGAGGGAGAGAAUGAAGGCGUCAACACUCAGCAUGAGGUUCGCAGGAUUGAAACACAAUCAAAAUGUCUAACCUCAAACAAAGACAAAAUCAACUCUAAUGACAUCUUUAAGUGUUUACCAGAACCUGGAGAAAUCUGUAUCAAAAUCCAAACUGUGAUGACCACAGGCAUUGCUGGUAUAGGAAAAUCUGUAUGUGUGCAGAAGUUCAUUCUGGACUGGGCAGAUGGGAGCGACCAUCAGGAUAUUGAUUUCAUAUUUGCGCUUCCAUUCCGACGGUUAAACUUGAAACAGAAUGACUCAUUCUCUCUUCGCAAACUCCUUGACAACUUUCAUGAACUGGACGGAAAAUACAUAAAUACACAUAUGCUUAAGAAGUUGAAGAUCAUUUUCAUCUUUGAUGGUCUAGAUGAGAGCAAACUCUCCCUGAAUUUUGGAGAAAGUGCAGAGAUCCGUGAUCCCCAGAAGACUGCUCCAGUGGAUAUAUUGAUAACAAACCUCAUCAAAGGCAAUCUACUGCCUAAAGCAUUUAAAUGGAUAACCUCUCGGCCAGCAGCUGUCAAACGGAUCCCUGGUAAAUACAUACACAGGUGGACAGAGGUGCAAGGGUUCAAUGACCAACAGAAGGAUGAAUACUUCAAGAAGAAGAUUGAGGAUCCAGAAAAGGCAGGCACAGCCAUCACUCACAUUAAAAGGUCAAAGAGUCUCUACAUCAUGUGCCACAUCCCUGUCUUCUGCUGGAUCUUAGCCACUGUGUUUCUGAAAAUGAUCCAUCAUACCAGCACAAUCCACUUGCCUAACACACUGACUGAGGUCUAUAUCGGAUUUCUGCUCACCGAGACAAAACGGAAGGGCCAGAAACAUUGCGAGGACUUUGAACAAGAUGAUAAAAAAUGCCUGACGUUUGAUAGUGAAGCUAUUUUAAAAUUAUCUAAAUUAGCAUAUCAAGAACUAGAGAAGGGUAAUAUCAUAUUUUAUGAAGACAGUUUGACAGCGUGCGGCAUCAGUGAAAAUGAAAUUACAUCGUACUCUGGUAUGUGUUCUGAGUUCUUCAAGACUGAGAGUGUAGGUGACAGCCGUAAAGUUUUUUGCUUUAUGCAUCUGAGCAUUCAAGAGUUCCUGGCUGCUUUGUUUGUGUUUCACUCCUUUCUGAAUAAGAACAUAGAAACCCUCGGACAUUUUACACCACAAAAAUCUGUCCUUACAGCAAUACCAAAACAGCUGACUAGGUUAUUUAAGAGGGGCCCUUCACACCUUUCCAUGACUGAUUUGUUAAGAAGUGCAAUAGAUAAAUCCAUGCAGAGGGAAGAUGGACAGCUGGACCUUUUCCUUCGCUUCCUCUUGGGCAUAUCACUGGAGUCCAACCAGAAACUCCUACAAGGCCUUCUGACACACAAGGAGAGCAGCUCAGACAGCCUAAAAGAAACGGCCAAGUACAUCAGAAAAAUUCUGAGUGAAGACACAAAAGUCCCAGAAAGAUGCAUGAAUCUGUUACUCUGUUUAUUGGAGAUGAAGGACAACUCCAUUCAUCUGGAAAUUCAACAAUACAUAAACUCUGGAGAAUUGCUCUCACCUACCCAGUGUUCAAGACUGGCCUACAUACUUCAAGUGUCAGAGGAAACAACAGAUGAGUUUGAUCUGACAAAGUACAAGACAACAAAUAAGGGUCGGAAGAGACUUCUUGUAGUCCUGAAGGUUUGUAGGAAAGCACGAUUGGUUGGUUGUGAUCUCCAAGAGGACUCCUGUGAGGUUCUAGUAUCUGUUCUUCAGUCAGAAAACUCCCUGUUGAAAGAGCUUGACCUGAGUUCUAAUCCUCUGAGGGAUUCUGGAGUGAGGUUGCUGUGUGUUGGGCUGGAGCAUACUAACUGCAAGCUGGAAACAAUGAGACUUGGUGAAUGCAAACUCUCAGAGAAGUCCUGUGGAAUUGUGGCUACUGUUCUACAGUCACCAAACUCCCUGAUAGAGCUGGACCUGAGUCACAAUGACCUGGGAGAUUCUGGAGUACAUCUCCUCUCUAAGGGUCUGUCUAGUCCUAACUGCAAACUGCAGACCUUAAGACUUGGUGAAUGCAAACUCUCAGAGAAGUCCUGUGGAAUUGUGGCUACUGUUCUACAGUCACCAAACUCCCUGAUAGAACUGGACCUGAGUCACAAUGACCUGGGAGAUUCUGGAGUACAUCUCCUCUCUAAGGGUCUGUCUAGUCCUAACUGCAAACUGCAGACCUUAAGAUUUGCUGACUGUAAACUCACAGAUAAACCCUGUGAGAUUGUUGCUUCAGUUCUACAAUCACCAAACUCACUGCUACAGCUGGACUUGAGUGACAAUGAUCUGGGGGAUUCUGGAGUUCAGCUUCUCUCUAAAGGACUGUCCAGUUUUAACUGCAAAAUACACACAUUAAGGCUCUCUGAUUGUCUCAUCUCAGAGAAGGGUUGUGGUUUUCUGGCGUCUGCUUUGACUUCAAACCCCUCCCAUCGAAAAGAGCUGGAUCUGAGCUACAAUCAUCCUGGAGAAUCAGGACUGAAGCUGUUAUCUGCUAGACUGGAGGAUCCUGUCUGUAAACUGGAGAGACUUAAAACUGACCAUUCUUCUGUGAGCAGAGCACGACCACGUUUGCAGAGAUAUGCCUGUGAUCUCACACUGGACCCAAACACAGCACACAGAAAUCUCUCUCUCUCUGAGGGGAACAGAAAGGUGACACAUGUGAAUAAGGAGCAGCCGUAUCCUGAACACCCAGAGAGAUUUGACAGGUGUGCUCAGGUGUUGUGUAAAGAGGGUCUGACUGGACGCUGCUACUGGGAGGCUGAGUGGAGUGGAGAAUAUGGAGCUGAGAUAUCUGUGGUCUAUAAAAGCACCAAGAGGAAAGGGAACAGUGAUGACAUCAUAAUGGGACAGAAUGCCAAGUCCUGGAGUCUGUUCUGCUCUCCUCUCAGUUACUCUGUCAGGCACAAUAAUGAACACACUGCCAUACCUGCCCCCUCCUCCGGCUCCAGAAGAGUAGGAGUGUACCUGGACUGGCCGGCCAGCACUCUGUCCUUCUACAGCGUCUCCUCUGAUACACUCACCCACCUGCACACGUUCCACUCCACAUUCACUGAGCCCCUCUGUCCAGGAUUUCUGGUUUGGUCUAACUCCUCAGUGUCCCUGUGCCAGAUCACAUGAGCUCCUCCUCCAGCAGGUACAUCCACCUGUCACCCUUUCUCUCAAUCCUUAGUCUCUACUCCCCCUCCACUCUCUUCCCCUCUCUCUCUAUCCUUCUCUCCUCUUCCUAAAAUGAUUGUGUGAGUUACAAAAAUACAUCCACCUAUCACUCUUUCUCUUCAUACUCAGUGUCUACUCCCACUCUCUUCUCUUUUCCAUCUCCUCUUCCUCUCUCUACUCCCUCUUUUCUCCCUCUCUCCUCUUCUUCUCUCUUUCUGAUCCUUCAUUCUUUUCUCUGUUUCCUAUCCCCCGUCCUACUCCUCCUCCCUUUUCCCUCUUCUGCUGUCUUUGUGUGUGUGUGUGUGUGUGUGUGUGUGUGUGUGUGUGUGUGUGUGUGUGUGGUUUGUAUGAAACUGCCAAAAUUCGAAACACAAAUUCAUCAACACAAGACACUGCGCAACAUUCCGCAGUAACCAGGUAACCGUAGCAACAUCCAUUGUGAUGUAAGCACCUGGUGCUUGAUCUGUGGCCCUGGCAGUUGAGCAUGCUGCAGGAACACCAGAGUCACACACUCCUGUUCAUACACACGUGUAAUGCUGAGAUGCUGUUGAGAUAUUGCUAUCUAUAUUCAAUGUAUAGACUACUGUUUUGGUGAUACUGAACAAAUUAUGAUAUUGCUUUCUUCAUAUUUUGCGCUUUUCCUAAAAUGAAUGUGGGAAUUAUAAAAAAUGUUUCAGCAACAACAACAUAAUGUAUUCUGUUCUCCCUAAAAUUGAGUUAUUUGCUGAAUCUCUUUGAAAAUGAUUUCUAUAUGUGUUGACACAGAACUAUAAAACAUGCCUGUUUUCCCAACUUCAAAUAUGUAAGUAAAAUGUGUUUUUGACUUUAAAAUCUCUGAAUAAAGAUUCCGAAAGGACCUGUAAUGAA